CACUCCCGGGCAGGAGCUGGGCGCCUCCCUGGGGCUGUCGCCAGAGCACCCCUGAGCCCCAACCUGAGGGCCCUGUGCCGCUGCGCCAGCUCCAGCAUCGCCCCUGAAACCCCCUGUGUCUCCUGGCCGCCCCCAGCCCUGUCGUGACAGCUCCAGGUUGUCCGUUGAGGUGUCCCCAGAAGCCCCUGCAGAAGGAGGGAUUCUUCCGAGGGAUCUACAGCAAUAACAGUCGCUGCUGCUUCUUGCCAUCUGCCAGAGGCCGCGCUGAGGAUGCAAGUGUCCAUUCUUCCCGAAGCAUCCCCUGGGGAUGCCAAUGACUGYGCCCACCUCGGGUUUGCCUAGGUCGUUAGUAUCGGCCUUGCUCCCUCCAGGGCGCGGGUUAAAGAGGGACAGSAUGAGCAUUGGCUCCGACAAGAGCUUCUGUGGCAGAGACUAGAGAGGUCAUAAAAAGGGCAAGGAAAUAAAAAAAUGGAGCCCAUCUGGCUGAUACCCACCACCCUCAGCAGGCAAGUGAGACCCUGCCUCUCUGUGUAAGAAAAAUUUUCCUGGCGGUGCUGAGCUGAGUCUAGCAUCAGAGCUGAGAUGAGUCCAAGGUCCCUUGGGCCCUGUGUCCCCUCUUGUGUGUCUCAGGGCCUCCUUGUUUCCCUCCUGGCCCCCAUUUUCUCCCAUACUUUCUUUUGCUUUUCUGUAGCUCUCCACUUGUCUCUAUUUUGUCUUGCUUCCUCUUCCCACACAUCCUUUCUUUUUUCUCUCUGCUUCUGUCCCACACCAGUUCUCUCUCUGUUUUUCAACCUCUGCCUCUCUUCUGCGGCUUAUAGCUGUUUUUUCCUUUUGCAUCACUUUGUUCAGAGUUGUAUCUGCCUCUUUUUCYCUCACAAUUUCUCUGGCCUGUUCUUUGGUGGUUUCUUCUCUCUUCGUACCUCUGUGUAUUGCAGUAUGUCCCUGCCUUCAUGUCUAUUUCUUUUUUUCCUUUUGUUUCUCUCUCUGUCCUUUUGACUUGCUAACUGUUGCUGUUUUUUCAGUUCUCAGAAUCUUCAUUGUCCCUUUUCACUUUCCUGUUCAUUUAUUACUCCCUCUGAUCCUUUUGCAGUUUUCUGACCCUAAUAUUUAUUACUUCACCUCUCUGGCCAUUUUUUUCUUGUUUCUCAUAUUUGUGUCAUUCUCUGUUGCUCUCGUUAUCUCUAUCUCAGCRUCCUGCUCUCUUGUCCUUCUCACUUUCACAGUAUCCCACUUUCUCCUUGUCCCUCACCUGGUUUCUGUAUCAGUCUGUUCUUCCUCCUGUUUUUUCUUGUUGCUCUGUUGCUUUCUUUCUUUCUUUUUUUUUUUUUUUUUUUUUUUUUUUUUUUAACCCAUUGCUCUGCUUCAGUCCUGUCAUUCUGCUCUCUCUGGCUCAAUGAUGGUCAUAAUCUUAGAGAUGGAUGGGUUUAUGCAGAAGUGAUUUUAGAAUGGUUGCAUGUUAUUUUGAAGUUAAUUUCCUCAGUGACUGGUAAUGAAUGGACCUGAGCCAUGAGUUGAAAUAUGCUCACUGACUAUAUUUCCUGAUGAGAGAAUGCUCUGAGGAACUUGUCUGCUGGUAAAAUUAGGGUCUGGUGGUCUGAGCCUUCAUUCGAAAAUGUUGUGCCUUGAGAUGCAGAAUACAGAAGUAUGACCCUUCCAAAGCCAUCUGAGGAAAAUGAAGACUGUUGCAUUAAGGUUUUACUGGUAUUUUGUUUUCUUUUGAGGUAAAUUUGAUACUUGUUUAUGGAUACAAAGAUUAACAAUGGUCUGUGAGAAAAUAAUCACAGUAUUGUGAAGUAUCUUGUACUGCUUUUCCUCCCCUUUUUUCUGUGGGGGAAUAAAGUUAUACUUGAAUAGGAGUGUAACUGAUUCCAUGCAAAGUUCAUGACUUUGGGAAUGCUGGUAAAGUUAAAAGGUUCAAACUCCUCCCUGUAGUGCAGACUCCCAGAGAUGAACAGCCUCACUCCUCUGGCAGGUUAAUGCUUUUGGUUAAGUAUCAGUAAUGCAUCAAUAAUUGCAUUCAUCUCCAACACACCCAGGUAUUGAGUUCAUGSUCUGCAUUUCAUGUGCUCAAUUCUCAUUUAUUCCCUGAGGCAACCCAUGAUAUAAAACUYUUUUACUUUGAUCCACAGAGGUGACAUAUUCUGUCUGACAAGCUCUUGGGCUCUGGUAGCACUCAGCAAUGCAGCCUGCUCUGCAAAUCAUUGCUCUUAAUUUUUCACUGUUGCACAACUCAAGCCCAGCUUGCCAGAAGAAGCUCCAGCGGAGUUGUUAUCCUGCUGCCUGUGCCCCUUUAUGCUGGAGACUUCCUGCUGGCUCUGUGGUCAGAGCAGUUCUCAGCCCAGCCCCAGUUCUGUCAAGCAGGGGGAUGUGGAGGUGCAGGUGGGCCUCCUUUCACCUCAGCUGAUGCCCUUGCGCAGUGUUUGCAGAUUAGUGGGAGCCAGAGACACCUGAUGCKUUGUGCCAAAUUGUCUGAGGGGCUCAGUGUGCCAUCAUGAUGGAGAACCAAAGACAUGCUCAGGAAUGCUGACUGACUGGUGUUCACAACAGCAAGUGUGUGACUGGUGAUGUUAGUGGUUGAUCUGGUGUUUCUACAGAAAAAAAAAAAAAAAGCUUGGAUCGAGAAUUCUCAUUGUGCCAUGAGCUCAGUGCUCCCCUGCCCAGGGGCUGCUCCUGCAGCUGGGCUUUGGGUACACUGCUGCCAUUGGAAGCUCRGCAGGAGCAAAAGUCUCUCUCUGUUCAUUUGCCCAGCUGUGACUGGACAAUUUCAGCAGUUUAUUGCAGAGAUUAGUCAGUCUGUUAUGCUGAUGGUCCAUGGUAUAAAAUCACUUCUGCUGUUCAAGUCAACACUGUGAUGUAGUGCAAAACCAGGUUUUCUGUAUGGCUGGCAUGGAGUUCCAUCUGAUAAAACUCUCUCUUUGCACCUGACCUGAGCUCUCUCUCUGUUUGCAGCCUCUUCUACAGGAAGGACUCAUUGMAAUGUUAAUGGCAGGAGUGGAUCGUGUGAACACACUUGUGAAUACUAGUUUGGGGAAGUGGAUUGUUUUUCAGGGUUGGCCUGUUUGUUUUGCACCAGUCAGUCCCACCACGACUUAAGAAUCAGUGGCAAAAAUAGAAGAAAACCCCUUCAUGUUCAUAUUUAGCAUCAUUACUACACACUGAACGAUUAAGUACAGUGUCACAAACAGAUGUUGGGUGUGGUGUCACAAACAGGCGCGACACCCUCAGCCCACGUUCCAGCGUUGCCGGGAGGCGCGCCCGGCCCCUCACCAGGAGCCCCGGAGCGCUCUGCUCGCACUCUCGCCGUGUUCCUCAGUGUUCCUCAGUGUUCCUCAGUGUUCCUCAGUGUUCCUCAGUGUUCCUCAGUGUUCUUGCAGGCUCCAUGGCGUCGCCGGGCCGGGCCGAGGCGGCGGAGCAGACUCUGCUCGUGGGGAACUUGGAGAGCCGGGUCAGGGAGGAGAUCCUCUACGAGCUCUUCCUUCAGGCUGGACCAUUAACCAAAGUGAUGAUUUGUGAGGACAAAGAAGGAAAACCUAAGUCUUUUGGAUAUGUCUGCUUUAAACACAAAGUAUCAGUGCCAUAUGCAAAAGCUCUGCUGGAUGGAAUCCGUUUGUAUGGAAGACCAAUUACUGUGCAGUAUUGGAGGGGGAGUUCUCACUCACCAGAACUAGACAGCUGUACGCAUGGUUUUGAAAACCAUAUUGACUUACAUUCUCCUGCAGACAGACAUCAAGAGCCUUAUGGAAAUUCUCCAUUUACUGUUACUCCUUUGCCAGUGAACAACAAUUUACUUCACGAUCACCCUGGCUUUCAGGAUAUGUAGAUGACAAGAACCCAGACUUCCCCUCUACAAGACUCUGGUGCACUGGACCAUUCUUGCCCUAUUCUCUUCUGUCUGAGAUAUUCCACAAAGCAAGGGAACUGGUCUUUAGGUGGAAACCUGUGCAUCAAACCUACUUCCCAAACACAUCAUGAACCUUCUGAAUCUGAUGAGUCUAUGGACUGGUAGACUGAAGAAACCCAGCCUUUAAGCAUGGGGUACCACGUAUGCACAGUCCUGCUCACCCAGUCUGACUAGAGACUGGCCAGCGCCUUAGAAAAACAGAAGGUGGGCAGUCUGAGCAUUAAAAUGGAGAGAAUCUGUUCCUUAUUGCAUGGAUGGAGUGGGGGUGUGCCCUCCCCUCUUCCCAGACUGUGCCCUGAGAAAAGCUAAUGCUUGUACCAAGUUUCCCAUCUCYUCCUCUCCCUUUGGAAGGCUCAAAUGCACCAUCUUCCCCUCUGUGCUUGCUGAUGAACCUACUCCUCAGUAACAAGGCAGCAGUYACACACUGUGAGACCAGACUCAGCAGACAGGCACACACAACCAAGUUCAUCCCAUUUUCUGCUUGCCAGGGAGGAUGGUAUUGCAGUGUGUCUCCCAUGAGAGCCUUUUGAAGCUUCAGCAGGAAGUGAUCUCAUUACUAGYAUGCCUUCACACACCUACUUUACCUUGCCUUGGGUGAGCCAGGCAGGUCGCUUACCCGGGAGACUUUUAAGCUUCUUGUCAGAAUGCUUUGUUCCACAUUGACUUUAAAAUUGGUUAAAACAGGUUUGAGGAAUUUGCUGAUGUGCAUGCCUUUACAUUGCCAAUAGGCACUGCAGUUACAAGUAUUUAUCAAAUAGAGAUGAGGAAAUGAAAGGAAUACCAUGUUUGUUUACCUUACAUGAGGACUAGCUGGUAAUUUAAUCUUAAAUCAGAUUAUGUUGCUUUUCUAACUUUGCCAUGAAAAAUUUGCCUGCUUUUCUGAACUAUACUAGUUGUUGUAAUAAAACAGCUUUAUUCCCAAACAUUCUGUGUUAUUUUAUAGUU